AGGGUAUUUUGUUUCUUCAAGUGUGCUAUUGGUUAAUACUGUGCUUCUCACCAUUAACGUUUUACGUCGCCUCCAUCAGACCUGGUUGUCUCUUUUUAUAGGAUUAAUUAGAUGGGCAAGCUAGGGAAGAAAGCAAGGAAGUUUGCCAAGAAGAAUCUUCCGUCAGUGCUUCGAGAUCGCCGAAAGAAGAAAGCUUUAUUCAAAAAGAGAUAUUCAUCCAAAAAUGUGCAGAGUAAUGUUGAAGACCAAGCCAAAUUAAUAGAUCACUCAAAUGAAAGAAACACUGAAGUUGAAGCUUUUGAAGACUUGCCUCUUGAGGCACCAUUCAUAGAGAAUGACUGUGAUGGUGUUGUCGAUUCUUCAGACAGUGAUGGAUAUCUUUCGGAGGAUAUAAGCUAUGAAAAUGAAACAGAAAGUGAACCUGGGAAACUUUUAGAAGGUGACAAAUGUACUAGUGAAUUGAUGAUGCAGAAUAUAAAAAUUCAGGAAAAUCUUGCUGUACAAAAGAGAAAGCUGGAAAGGUUGAAGAGGAAGGAUCCAAGUUUCUCUAAGUUUUUAGAAAAGCACAAGGACAUUGAAGCAAUGCAAAAUGGAGUAGUGUUCUCAGAUGAGGAUGAGAUGAGUAAUCAUGGAAGGGACUCGGUGACUGAAGACAAUCAAGGUAAAAACAAGGGAAGAGUUUUGACAGUAUCUGCCAUUAGUUCUUGGUGUCGACUGAUCAAAGAAGAGCAUAAGGAGGAAGCAUUUGUUUGUUUAUUAAAUGCUUAUCGAGCAGCAUGCCACUAUGGUGCUGAAUCCAUUGGCCUAAGGUUUCAGAAUGCUGAGACAUUCUGCAGCUUAGUAAUGUCUGUUCUUUCCGAAGCAGAUAAUAUACUUCGGGGACUUUUGGGGCUAUCAUCCUCCAGUUACAAGAAAGAAGCAGUACUAGAACUGAAGGAUACCCCACAAUGGGUUAAUGUAAAGCCUCUCAUCAAAUCAUACUUGAGGAGUACAUUAUCUCUGUUGGAUCAGGUUACUGAUUCAGAAAUUCUGGCUUUCGCUUUGACUCGGCUCAGGGAUUCUUUACCAUUUUUUGCUGCUUUCCCAUAUCUCUUGCAGAGGCUCAUUAAGACGACAAUACAUUUGUGGGCUACAGGUGGAGGGAUGCUAUCAUCAGCAUCUUUUUCGAUCGUACUGGAUGUGGCCUCUCUAUUUACAACUGAUUGUUUUGACAAUUGCUUAGCAAAAGCUUUUGUGGCUUAUCUUGCUCAGUCGAGAGCUACAGAUAUUGUCAAUAACAAACAUUUUCAGUUCCUAAGAAAUUCCUUAGUUGACUUGUGCUCCCUAGAUGUUCAAAAAUCAUUGUCUAAAGCCACCGUGUCUGUCCGUCAGCUUGCAAAAGUAUUACAGUGGGGUUUGCGUACAAAGAAAAAGGAAGCUCUUCAAAGGAUCUGCAGUUGGGAGUACGCCAAUUGUAUUAAUCUCUGGGUUGGUUUUAUAGCACGCAAUGAACGGGAUUAUGAUCUUCAGGCCUUUUUCUUCACUAUGGUUCAACUUAUAAAUGGAGUGGUGCGCCUGUUUCCUGGACCGAGAUAUUUCCCUUUACGACUCAAUUGCAUUCAAUGGCUUAAUGAUCUGUCUAAUUCUACUGGAGUUUUCAUCCCUAUUACUUCAUUUGUGUUGGAUGUUUUGGAAUAUAAAACAGUCGGAGGGCGUGGAAAACCUGGACCUACUCUCUUCUUUCAAUCUGUUCUAAAGUUGCCAAAGAGUUGCUUGAAGUCUCAGACAUUCCAAGAUGAAUGCAUUACAUCUGCAAUUGAACAACUAUCAUCACACUUUUUACAAUGGAGCUACCACAUUUCUUUCCCUGAGCUAGCAACUGUUCCACUCAUCCGUCUGAAAAAGUUUAAUGAGUCAAAGACAAAGGAAAGUCUAUGCCGUGCAGUAAAACAUUUGAUUGAGCAGGUGGAGAAAAAUGUUGAUUCUGUGCAAAAGAAAAGAAAUGAGGUUGCCUUUUCACCAAAUGAUCAUCAAUCUGUUGAAACAUUCCUUCAGUUUGAGAAGUCCAGUCUCAGUUCUCCAUUUUCUCAGUACUACAGAAGUGUACUUGACAAGGCUGCUCUAAGGGGCUCACAUAAGAAUGAAAAGAUUAGUUUGCCAAGACGAGAUAAAUCAAAGCGUAAAAGAGAUGACAGUUUGAUCAACGUUUCAGGCCACAAGGAUCUGGAUACUGUUAAUGGAACAAAAAAGCGGGUCAAAAGACGAGCUCCGAAGGCAUAAUUGUUGUACCAUUUUUUUGUGUGCUAUAGGUUUUGAUAAUUUUCUAAUUGGCCCCUACCAGGUUGGAAAUUUUGAGCUGGGUAAACAUGUUAUGAUAUUCUUUAGCUGGGUAAAAAUCAAUUAUGUUGUUGCUUAUUUUUCAAAACAGAAAAUAGAAAAAAGAUUUUGCUCCUA